AUGCACAGCCCUCCAUCUAGCGACCGUAACGGCAGCCUAACCAGUACCGGGGCAGACAGAAUUCCGCCACCGUCUCAUCGUCAUGCUGCCCCCUCGGCGCCUUGGCCAUGGAUCGACAUCCGAGAUACUGUGGACCAGGUUCAGCUAGCCAACCAAGAAUCACCCAUCCCUGAGCAUUGUGAUCAUAAGAACAAAGACACCUGUAACGGUUGCUGGGUUCAUUACCCCCAGUCUCUGUUUCCCAACUGGACGGAAUACCAGGUAAAGCGAAGCAAAAUUUACGAUGCGAUACACAACUAUCCGCAAGGACGUGACUGCAAAAUACGAUAUGUCGAUGUCAAUUCAGAAGGGCUGUUUACAGACGCGGGCGAGUUCACAGCAAACGACCAGAAUAACGAGGCUACAUGGGAUUGGAUUGUACACGACCAGGCAUCGGAAGGGAACCGUGUGCGGGCUCUAUUCAUAGAAGACAUGUCCGGGCCUGUCUUACAGAUGCUGGGAGCCAAGUACAACAUUGAGCCAUUCUUCUUCUCCUCGUCGUUGAACUGGAUACCAUCGAGGUUUCAAGAGGAAGUACGGCCUAAUGAAGGAGAUCAUAUCACUAUCACUAUGACUUUUUUGAGGUCUAUGCCCGCCAACGCAGAUGCCAUUCGCAUGAGCGCACGUUCCCCCUAUUCGGCCAUGUCGUCCAAUAGCGUGAGCCACGAGGCCCAACUUGAAUAUCAGGAGGCCCUGGCGAAUCAAAUGAUUGACACCCAGGCGCCUCUUGAGCUAGGUACAGGCGGGCGUCUACUCGUCCUCGACCUUCUCUCUGUACACCUGGUCCGACGGAAAACAGGCAGCGUGAUCAUUUCUCUCCAUCCUUCACUAAAUUUACCAACGACCACGGCCAAGUACCUCCAUGAGCGGAUCCGAUUUGCGGGACAAUCUGUAUACUGGCAGAAGAUCUUCGAACGGUCUGAUGACCCUACGUUUGUUUUGCUGACCUACAUCUGGCACGCGUUGUAUGCGUGGGACGAAGCGCUGGAGAACCUUUACACCCACAUCUGUAACCUCGAAACCCAUGUCAUCAACACCUCCGAGAUGAAUCUCACCCAAGAACUCCACAUCAUCCGCGCCCACCACCUCCAUUACGCCUCCCUGCUCGACGACUUUAAAAAGACUGUCGAGUUCAUCCGUGACACAGUCAACCCCGCACUCGACGACCUCUCGGACGAAGAGAAAGAAGCGCACAGGAAAAUUAUGGGGGCAGAGACAACGAAUCUGCUUAGUGAGAUCGAGAGGCUGGAGAAGGGAAGACAGAUGCAAGAUCGGAGGCUGAAGAACGUGAUGAACUUGGUGUUUAGCAGCGUGAAUAUCCUGGACAGCAAGAGAAUGCAGAAGAUGACGGAGGCGGCUGUUCGCGAUAGUGCUGCGAUGAAGCAGAUAGCGUAUCUGACGAUGGUGUUCCUCCCUGCUUCGUUCGUUGCGACUAUCUUCGGGAUGAACGUCAAGGAAAUCGUACCAGAAACAUCGGAAACCCUCCCUCAUUACUUUGAAACCGCCGCUCCCCUCACCCUCGCCACCGUUUGGAUCAUCGUCGCUUUCCAGAGCAAGUACAUCUUGGGUUACGAGAUGCCGUUUUGGAAGCGCCUUGGAUGGCCAAUCCUGAUGCCAUUGAAGAGGCUGGGGUGGGGUCCGUACAAGCAGCAGGAGUUGGACGAUGAUGUCCCCGGGGUGGGGGUCGAAUGUCCGGAUGACGAUGAUAGGAAGCUCGAUAUGAAGGAUAUGUGA